CCAGACCUGAAAAACCAGCUAGCGCUUUCAGUCCAGAGAGCUCUGAUAUGGCACGUCGUCUCUACCUCACUGCCAAGUGCUGAAACCAUCCAAUGCUUUCAACUUCUUCGCUUUUCAAUCACACCUGAAGUGAACAUUCACUCAUUCUACCUGUUCAAACUCCUUUCAGAGAGGGUUUCCAUUUUGUUUUUGUGUCCCAGCUCUGUUAGCAGGAGUGUGUGCGAGGGAAAGUGAAUGUGGACUAUGCUCACUUCAGUCGAUUAAAGGAGGGGGAGUGGAGGGAUUGAUUCUGUGGAGAGAGAAGCCCCACGACAGGGAACUGAUCGUACAGGACAAAUCUAAAGAUGCAAAGGGCGGCCACAGCAUCCGUGACCCAAUCCACAAUAACACAGAACACCACAGCCACCACCAAGUCUAGAGAACAAAUCCUCAUGCAGAGCUCAGGAGCCAUGAUAGCUAUAAUCGUCAUUGGUAUAAUCAUCAUUCUCACGUUUUUGCUUAUAGUCCUCAAGACGUACAACAGGAGGACACAUGCGAAAAGGAUGAUGGCAGGAGGCUCCAGCAAACCACGGAAGAAAGUGUCCACAACUACUACAAAUACAAACAUGCCCAUGAGCAACGUGGGCGCGAACUCACUCUCUGGAAGCUUUGCGCAGUCUAACGCGUCCUCAGACAACGGCUUCCGCAUUCCACGGGUCGAACUGGGAAAUGUGGAGCGAAGUAAUGGGGAGCAUUUCAGCACCAACAGUGGCUCAACUAUUGUGACAAUACACGACAUGCCAUCAAUUGAUAACACAUAGCAGAAUGUGCAAAGACAUACCAACAUGAACAAAGGACCAAUGGAAGAGGCCCCGGGUCAUAUCUGAGCACACACCAUUAACUGUACAUUCACAGCCCGUUUAGGAUAUGAUUGAACUUUGAGGACUUUAAAGAUUGAAAAGUCCACUUUAAGAGUCUGGAUAUGAUAAUGAAGAACUUGAAGAACAGUAGCUACAGACAAGUGUCUUAGCAUUUGAUGGGUUCAUAGGUUUAUUUUUAGGACCCAAUUUGGUGAUGAAAUGUAGGUUAAAACAAUGUAGGUUUCUGCCUUGAGCGGAAAACGUUUUUUUUUGUUUUUUAAAUUAAAUUGGUGGAAGCCAGAAUCAGUUUGAGAUGUUAAGGAUGCUACAUCAAUGUAAUUUGUGUAUUACCAGGACAUUUGCACUCUUAAUAGAAAAGGCUUUAAUAUAAGAUUGUUCAAAUACACUGUUUAAAAUGUG